ACUCUCUCUCCCCCCUCUCUCUUUCCUCCCCCUUUUCUUCAUCCACGCGUGGAUCAUCAUCACCAUCACCAUCUCCUGGGCUCUACAAUCGCCAGGAGUUGCCGGAGCUGCUGCUGCUGCUUCUCCGUGUGCUUUGAUUUUCCUUUCAUCCAUUUCCGUUCUUCUUUCUCAUUCCGUUGAAUUCCUGCGAUGUUGUUUGGAGCAACAAGCGGCCGCGGCGGUGCGGCAGCAGCGGACGCGGCAGCGCAGCGCUCUUUUUCUCCUCCGCGGUGCUGACCGCUCCUGCUCCUCCUCCUCCUCCUCUUCCUCUUCACCUCCUUCUGGAUUGGGCUCUGGUUCUUUUGUUCUCAGUUGUGGCUGCGGAUCUUCACCACAAUGAAGCCGCUUUCGUUGGAUCAGUAAAAAGUCUCCAAAGUGUGUCUGUCGCUGCUGCUGCAGCAGCAACAGCUGCGUCUCCAGGCGGAGGCGCUUCGUUGGUGUCGGUUUUGUUGCUGCUGAGCCUCACUACCCGGAUCGGGUGAUCCGGAUCAACCGGAUCAUGUGCCGCGGCUCUGACACGAACCCGUGCUCGGUGCCGCGGCUGUUGCUGCUUCUACUGCUGCUGCCGCUGCUGUUGGCCGCGGUCGCGCAAGAGAUUUACGCGCCGCACUCCAUCCGCGUGGAGGGAGACGUGACGCUGGGGGGGCUUUUCCCUGUGCACGCCCGAGGGCUCCCCGGGACUCCGUGCGGGGAUAUCAGGAAGGAGAAUGGGAUUCACCGUCUGGAGGCCAUGAUGUAUGCGCUGGACCAGAUCAAUGGAGACGAGGAGCUGCUGCCUAACGUCACUCUUGGGGCGCGCGUCCUGGACACCUGCUCUCGGGACACGUACGCGCUGGAGCAGUCCCUGACGUUUGUACAAGCGCUGAUCCAGAAGGACACAUCCGACGUCAGGUGCACCAAUGGAGAACCACCUGUCUUUGUCAAGCCCGAGAAGGUGGUGGGAGUAGUGGGUGCCUCUGCCAGCUCCGUGUCCAUCAUGGUGGCCAACAUCUUGAGGUUGUUCCAGAUCCCUCAGAUCAGCUACGCCUCCACGGCGCCGGAGCUGAGUGAUGACCGGCGCUACGACUUCUUCUCCCGUGUUGUCCCUCCUGACAGUUUCCAGGCUCAGGCCAUGGUGGAUGUUGUCAAAGCCAUGGGCUGGAACUACGUCUCCACAGUGGCAUCAGAGGGAAGCUAUGGCGAGAAGGGAGUGGACGCUUUCAUGCAGCUCUCCAGAGAAGCAGGUGGGAUCUGCAUCGCUCAGUCUGUGAAGGUUCCUCACGACAACAGUCCCGCUGUCUUUGAUAAGAUCAUCCGUCUGCUGCUGGACAACCAGCAAGCUCGUGCUGUCAUCCUGUUCACAUCCGAUGAGGACAUCAGGGGGAUCCUGAAUGCCACCAAGCGUGCAGACCAGGUGGGUCACUUCCUGUGGAUCGGUUCUGACAGUUGGGGCGCCAAAAACAGCCCCAUCCAGCAGCUGGAGGACGCAGCUGUGGGAGCCAUUACUAUUCUGCCUAAGAGAGCCACCAUCAGUGGCUUCGAUGCCUACUUCACCUCACGGACUCUAGAGAACAACCGGAGGAAUGUGUGGUUUGCCGAGUACUGGGAAGAAAACUUCAACUGUAAACUAAUGAGCUCGUCCAAGAAAGACGACAGCAGCAGGAAGUGCACCGGUCAGGAGCGCAUCGGCAUUGACUCUAAGUACGAGCAGGAAGGAAAGGUCCAGUUUGUGAUUGAUGCCGUCUACGCCAUGGCCCACGCUCUGCAUAACAUGCAGAAAGACUUGUGCCCUGAGAAUUCUGGGAUCUGUCCUGAGAUGGAACAAGCCGGAGGGAAGAAACUCCUCAAGUAUGUCCGGAGUGUCAGCUUCAACGGAAGUGCUGGCACAGCAGUGACGUUUAACCGUAAUGGAGAUGCUCCUGGGCGCUACGACCUUUUCCAGUACCAGUUGAACAACGUGACCGGUCCAGGCUACCAUGUGAUUGGACAGUGGACGGAGACACUGCAAAUCAAUAUGGAGGACCUGCAGUGGCCCAGUGGAGAGCGGGAGAUUCCCAGCUCUGUCUGCAGCCUUCCAUGUCGGAGCGGAGAGAGGAAGAAGGUGGUGAAGGGCAUCCCGUGCUGCUGGCACUGCGAAUCCUGUGAUGGCUACCAGUAUCAGCUCAACGAGUUCACCUGUAAACUCUGCUCUUACAACAUGCGACCUGAUGCCAACCGCACAGGCUGCCAGCCUAUUCCCAUCACCAACCUAGAGUGGAGCUCGCCCUGGGCUGUCAUACCUGUUUUCCUGGCCAUGCUUGGCAUCAUUGCCACCAUAUUCGUCAUGGCUACCUUCAUUCGGUACAAUGACACACCCAUUGUUCGUGCAUCGGGUCGGGAGCUGAGUUACGUCCUGUUGACAGGAAUUUUCCUGUGCUACAUCAUCACCUUCCUCAUGAUCGCCAAACCAGACGUAGGUGUGUGCUCCUUCAGGAGGAUCUUCCUGGGUCUGGGCAUGUGCAUCAGCUACGCUGCGCUCCUCACCAAAACCAACCGUAUUUAUCGCAUAUUUGAGGAGGGGAAAAAGUCGGUGACGCCACCUAAGCUGAUCAGUCCCACCUCACAGCUGGCCAUCGCUUCCAGCCUCAUCUCACUGCAGCUGCUGGGUGUCUUCAUCUGGUUUGGGGUGGAUCCUCCCAACACUAUUAUCGACUAUGACGAGCAGAAGACCGUAGACCCCAUCCAGGCCCGUGGCGUCCUAAAGUGUGACAUCACAGACCUGCAGAUCAUCUGCUCACUUGGUUACAGCAUCCUGCUGAUGGUGACAUGUACUGUCUAUGCCAUAAAGACUCGCGGCGUCCCUGAGAACUUUAACGAAGCCAAGCCCAUCGGCUUCACCAUGUACACCACCUGCAUCGUAUGGUUGGCAUUCAUACCUAUCUUCUUUGGUACAGCCCAGUCUGCAGAAAAGCUCUACAUCCAGACCACCACACUGACCAUCUCCAUGAACCUCAGCGCCUCUGUGGCACUCGGGAUGCUCUUUGUUCCAAAGGUCUACGUCAUUAUCUUCAAGCCGCAGCUCAACGUUCAGAAAAGGAAACGUUCUUUCAAAGCCGUCGUCACUGCUGCUACCAUGACAUCACGACUCUCCCACAAGGCCGGCUGCAGGCCCAACGGUGAGGCCAAGACGGAGUUGUGUGAGAACGUGGACCCCAACAGUUAAUUUGACCAGUUAUCAACGGUGCUACAGUGAGGACGUAAAGCUAUGGCGACUUGGUGAUGUCACCAUGUCGGUUCAUCAGUGUUGGCAGUGACGAGGUUGAAAUAGACCUCCUGUGAUAGAUCUCCUGUGUUUUCUGCCAACAGAAAACCAGACGAUAAGAUGUUUGAACUUUUUUUCUUUGUUAUGUGCUUCUCGUCAGACUUUCAGACGCUGCAGCAAAGCAUCAUGGGACUCUUUACGUGACUCUGAAAGCCAAACAGACUUUGUGUUAUGGUUCAGAAAAUCUAAAAGACAAAAAUGUCAGUGGACUUGUUGUCGUUUGCUCCCGUCUUCACUCACAGAGUCACAUGAGGGUCAUUGGUUUUCUGCAUACACCCCUUGUUGUGAAGCCCCGCCUCCUUGUGUCACCUGACGUAUUUCCAUGCUGCAAAUUUUAUUUUGUCCACGUGACUUCUUUAUAUCCUUUUUUUUUGACCUUGUCACUUGAAUCAACGUUUGUUGAAAAAAGAUAAAAUAUUCAAAUGUUCAUGUUUUAAUUAAAGCCAUAUUCUCCACUCUGAGAUGUGACCAUGUCCAUGAACCUGGGUUCUGUCCUGUUCUGUCAUUCUCUACGAUGUUUUCAUUCGUCAGUUCAAACGUUUCAUGUGACCAUGAUUGACGUUGAACCUGCAACACCUGGUCUCCUGUAACACCUGACCUGAGAACCUCAGACCUGAGAUGGACCUGGCUUGGUUGAUACUUUUUGUUGAAAUGAGUUUCUACUCUCAGUCCAUGUGGUCAAUGUUACAUUUUCAUACUGAACAAAAAACAAAACAAGAACGUCAAUUUCUUGGUUGGAUGCGCAGACAUUGCAAAUUGUAUAUGUUGCCUCUGCUUUAGGUUGUCGAUGUUCUGCAUGGUCACGUCUUCACUGCUGAUGUUUCCGUUUGUUGAAACUCCAGGUUGUCUGCGUUUGGCAUCUUUGUAGUAUUUUAUUUGGUGUACUGAGCUCCAUAAGUUCCCAUUGUUGGUCAUUUUUGGGUUGAUGUUCCAGGUUUUCGGUGCUCUCAUUGGGUUGUCGUGAUCCAUCUUGGAGUGGUUGGUGUUGUACUCAAGGUUGUCAAUGUUUAUUCCAGGUUGUCAGUGCAGGUUCGUUGAUGUUCGUUUGUCAGUUGUCUGGUAAAGUCUAUUGAUCUCUUUUCUGGAGUUUCAAAUCAUUGCAGGUUUUGUGUUGUCGAUUUUAGAGGUUGAUUCCAGGUUUGUUAUAUGAUUAUUAUCAUGAAUAUUAUCUCAUUAUUCCAGAGUAUGUGUUCCACACUGUCCACUUUGACAUGGACAUCACUUCCAGGUCGUAACUAUCCUGUUUGGUUUGUCCACGUUCUUAAACCGGACGUCCUUCAGCUUGUUUACCUUUUAUCCUCACUUGUGGAUCUUCCAUGUCGGAAAUGUUGCUGCUUGUUGACAUUUAUACCAAAACAUCACCGGGAAUUCCAGGAUAAGUGUUGCUGUUUCUUCCAGAAUAAUAAUAUUCAUGGCUUUCUAGUCAUUGUUUUUUUUUUUAAUGAUUCUUUCAACUCCACCACCACUCCAGGUGGUUGAUUUUCCAAAUCCUAGCCGUUUUAUUCCAUUCUUCUUCUAUCGUUGAUUGUUACGGUAUGUCGCUGAUCUUUCCAAUUUGUCACUGAUUGAUCCCAGUCAUCAAUUUUUCAUGUGGGUGAAGUUCUGUGAUGUUGAUGCUCUUUUUUUUCACUAGUGUUCCAAUGUUCCACAUCAAUAUUAUGAGCUUUAAGGAUAUUGAUGGUAGUUCCAGAUUUUCCAGAGUUUAUUCCAGGGCUUAUCACUGAACAUUCCACUGAUUGGUGUUCCAGGUCGUCUUUGUGUUCUUACUGUUUGUUCCAGGUUGUCAUUGUUUGGACAAUGCUCUGAAAUAUUUCUAAAAGUUGAUGAUGUUUCAGACGGUCAAUUCUAUCAUGCAAUGUUGUCAGUGUCCACUGUGAGUUGAUGCUGUUUCUCCAAUGUUAUUCCAAGUCAUCAUUGUUCUACAAUGUCAGGUUUUAUUCCAGAUUCCUAGUUGUCAUUCUGGGUUGUCAGUGUUUUAUCCCUGGAGUUCCUUUUGUUCUUCUAGUUUCUCAAUUCUUCAGUUAGUCAUUUUCACACUUCAAAAAUGACCCAGUUUGAUUUUUCCAGGUUGUUGAUGUUGCCUUUUGUCAAUGUGAUUCCAAAACAUAGAUCUUGAUGUUCUAGAUCUUCCAGAUUGCUGAUGGUUGAGGUUGUCACAGCAUGUUGAUGUUAAACUGGUUUACAUAGCUGACAUUCCAAGUUUUCAGGUAUUCCAGAAAGUUUUAGGUUGUUGUAAAAUGUCUGUGAAAUUCUGUGUUCUGUGUUGUCGCAGCAGCUCGUCGUUACAUGUUGCUGACGUUGCAAAUUGCCGAAGUUAUCGCAGCAGGUUCGUGAUGCUGACGUUCUUACAGGUUCUUGUUUUUCCCCAGGUGUUUAAGGUUUCCAGUGCAGGUUGCUAAAGUUACAGGUGCCCCAGGUUGUCGGUCACUGCAUGCCAGAUAUGUUUCAUGUUGAAAAAAGUUGGUGUUAAAGGUGAAGCUGUCAGCUGUCUCUGAGCAGAAUAUGGCUUUAAUCUCUUUCUUAUUUUACACAGAGAAAAAGAUAAAAUCUAUAUUUAAAAAGAGAAAAACUUGUGUAUAUAAAAAAAGAAGCAUGUAUGUUUUCUACAGUUUGUACUCAGUAUUUUCAUGUUGCCCUGCUGCUUCUGUGACCAUGUUGCGGGACAGACUUCCCAUCAUGCAACUUUUUUGUGGUGUCGUCGCGAAUGUAUCCAGAUGAACUAAGAUGUUUUGGUUCUUUUUCUUUCCAAGUGUUUCCUUUUGAGGAAAACUGCAGAUGUUUGGUAUCUGUGUUUAUUUCACUUGAAUGGCCUUGAUGAAUAUUUAUUUAUGAAUCGGUUCCUCUUGCCCACCCAGGCUCCGUGUGCUCUUUGGAUUUGUACCUGAUUGUCAUUUGCCUGAAAAGAAAAAAAAAAAAAGUGUCUCGUCUAAUCUUCCGUUUUUAUUUUUCUUAGUUUUUGUUGCUCGACUUUGACCGUGAAGAAAAAAAACUGUUGGAAUAAAAAAAUAAAAUAGGAGAAGUAAAUUCACAUGACUGUGUCUCCAACCUGACUCUGAUUUCACUGAACAACAUCCGCAACAGUGGAAAACUCGUUAACUCGUACUGUUAAAGACAAAAAAAAACUAGUUUUAUUGCCAUAAUUUGUUUACAAUGUAACAACAGCAUUGUCAAACAUUAAAUUAAAUUCUCAAACAGUCAUUUGACCAACAGGCAAUACUUCACACAAAAAAAGUCCUUAACAUUGGUGAAAAAUAGUGAAAGGAAUCACACAGUUUAGCACAGAGGUCUGCGACCCUUCCAGUGAACAAUGGACUCUGCUACAAAGUCGACUUUUGACAGAUGGAACCACCAGGAAGUCCAGGAACAGUUUGAUGUUUACAAUUCACCUGAGCUCUCGUCCUGUUGUUCAGCCAUCUUUCAGGUUUUAUUUCUUAAAUUGUAAAAUUAACGUGAUGUUUUUUAUUUAUCAGAAGGGGGCGCAGGAUCGCCCUCACUGCUGGUGGGAAGUGUUCUUUCAAACACACAAUCUGCUGAGGAUUCAACUGUUGUUACCAUGACAACGCAAGUCAGAAAACAGAAGGAUGAAUGGGAAAGCUGGAACAAAUACAGGUUCUAUUCACUGUGUACUGGUGUGUUUAUAUGUGUAUAUUCGGAAUUAACGAUACACUCAACUCAUGAAACAACUAUUCACGAUCCUAUUGGUCUUAUUUACCUUGUUGUCAAUAUAUUAAACAACAAAAGAAUAUAAGAAACAUUAACUAAAUAGAGUUUCUUUCUUUACAGACACGCUGUAAAACACUGUAUAUGUCUGUCGAAGAAGUUCUUCUUUGAACACAUGAAUGUCACUUAGGCGAUGUCGAGACCUGACGUUUUGGUUUAAUUGCGGCUCACGAUCAAC